UUCGAAAUUGGUGACAUUUUUGCACGUGUUUGCUCUGAAAUUUAUUUACUGCUUAUUGUCAUAUAAUUCUUGAAAUUAUGGUCCAAAUCUCUAAAAAACGUGUUCGUAGAAACACAAUUGUUUUAGAUAGUGGCUUAAAUUCGGUUAUAACUGCAUUACCGCCUGGUAAUACAGUAUCAACUACUAGCUCUCAAAAUGGUUUGAGUGCAGAUCUCACUCCUGUGAUACAGGUGAAAGAUGUUCUGUUAGAGAACUCUGAGUUCUGUAAACUAAACCUCCUUUUGAAAGAUAUGCAGAGGCAAGUAAGUGAAAUUCAGAAAAAAUUAGAUCAGUUUGAUAGUAUGUCACUGCCAAUCUCAAAUACCACGGAGAGCCGUUCUGAUAUUGGCCAGGUUAAGUGUUUACUGGAUGUAACUCAAAAUAAGCUUUUGAAUUUAGACCCAAUAGCCUGUCUUUUAGAAAGGCAUCCUAAAAUAUCUCCAGACAACCUAAAUAAAGCUGAAAAUCUGAUUGACUGCUUGGCUACGGAGGUGAUGAAGCGUAUAACCUCUUCUCACCAAGCUAUAGUUUACAACGUCCCAGAUUCUCUGCCCCUGAAAACUGUAAGACACAAAAUCCUGAUUUGUUGCGGCAUGGCUAGUGUUCCAUGUGAAUGCAAACGACUUCGUAAAAAGUCUAACCAGGCUAAUUGCCCAAUCAUUUUUAAAUUCAGUAAUUCCCUUGAUGCUAGUAAGUUUACUAAAUGUCAGGAUCACUUAAGACUGAAUAGCAGUUAUAAGUCUAUAACCGUAGCUCAGGAUAAAACACCGUGUCAGCGCAGAAUAAUGCGUAGUAAUAACCUGGUCACCUCCUCUAGCUUUGAUUUACCAAAUAAGGAUCGUGCACAGCAACAGACACCUAGUGCUGAAACUAGCAUUCAGCAAACUACACAACAACCACACCUGCCAAUGGAACUAGGAACUGAUUUAGAUACCAGUACCCCUGUAAAUAAAGCCUCAUCGAAAGAUGUUAAAAUGACUAGAACUUCUGCAAGUUGUUCUAAGAAAUUUCCCCCCAAACGUAGUAACCUCACCACGAUGAACAAAUUUCGCAGGGUUGAGACUAAUGAUGGGGAAGAAUACUUUGUAUUCAAUAAGCCUGCUGAGAGUAAGAAUGCCAACAAACCAUCACUUGUUACGAAAAACUCCUCUCGAAACAUAAGUAUAUCUGGAGGUGUUCCGCAUGCUCCACCUUAUAGAAAGUCAGGCUCCAAGACUCCUAAAGUCUUGCAGCCAAAGCACCUUCCUUCACAAUUCCCUUUAAGUUAUAAAAACAACCCGAAGGUGUAUACCGGUAUGACGAAUAGCAGUUGGAUGGGUAGACCUUUGAUGCUAUGCCUUUUAACCGUCAACCUAGGCCCAACCUGUACUACCCUUAUAUCCAGGAACACAUGGUAAAUUUUCCAGGUGUCCCGAAUCACUGGUACGACCCAUGGCACCUAGGACCACCUCAUUGCACACCAACUCCGAUGUGCAGACACCCAGUCCGACCUCCUUUUCAUUCAUAAAUUCUUGCGGUGCUGACGCACAAAUAGAUUUAGGUUAUGGUGACAUUUUAAGCCAGUUUGUAGUAUCCCGUGACUUAUUCACGAUAUUGCUAAUUAAUGCACGUUCCUUAAUCAAUAAGAUAUCUGAACUAAGGACAUUAUUAUUAGUCGCCAAGCCUACUGUAGCUCUGAUUACUGAGUCAUGGUGCUCAUCCUCUGUACUUGAUGUGCAUAUAGGUAUCGAUGAUUACACUGUACACCGUGCAAACAGAGAUUGCAAGCGUGGUGGAGGAUGUCUCAUAUAUAUACAUAGCUCAUUUGUAGUCAGUAAGGUGGAAGAUGAAACAAUGAAUAAUGUACCUGACUCACUCUGGGUUGUCUUACAUGGAGAUAAGUACAAACUUCUCAUAGGCUGUGUUUAUCGAGCACCAAGCUCAACAAAAGAAACUGAUGCGUUAUUAGCUAAAUCGUUUGCACACGCAUCCUCGUUUAGUGCUAAUUACAAAAUAAUUGCAGGGGACUUCAAUCUUCCAGAAGUCAAUUGGCUAACUAGUUCCGGCCCCCAACGCUUCGACGAAUUACUUGCCACUAUAGACUGUUAUGGAUGGCAACAACACGUCCAGACACCUACUCGUGGUGACAACAUGUUGGACCUUGUUUUUUGUCAUGACACAAUCCCAGUAUCCACGUAUGUUGGUAAUCGAUUUUCCAGUAGUGACCAUAGAAUGGUACUCUGCUCUCUGCCUUUCUCACCACUAAAUACAGGAAACAAACAAGACUCAGGAAGCACAAUAUGUCGUAGUUACAAAUAUACAGACUGGGGAUUAGUCCAAGAACUUAUUCGACUCUGUCAAUGGGAUGACUAUUUUACCACUGACUCCCUGGAGGCCUUAGUAACCCUGUUUUACAGGAAUGUUACCCUUUGUCUAGAUACAGUUGCUCCAAAGAAAAUAGUGAAAUUAAGUAGACACCGAACUGAAUAUAUUCCAAGGGCACACCGUAAUAAGUUAAGGAAGCUGAAGAAACAGUACUAUUCCACUAAGGACAUAUCACUAUUGCUCUCAAUCCACGAGUCUCUUGAAUCUCUCAAGCGCCUACGCUCUCAAAAGGACCUCGACGAAGAGUUAACGGCACUUGAAAGUACCUCCAAAGUUUAUAACUUAACGGCACUUCUUAAAAAACGAAUGCAGUCGGCGAGGGAAAUCCCAUACUUACUUCACGACAAAGUAAUCUACAAUGAACCUGCCACUAUCUGUGAACUCUUCAGUGAUUGGUUUGCAAACUUUAGUUUAGAAACACAUAUGCCUGGUGAAACCGCUCCCCUUACUAUCUCUUCCCUUGAAAGCAUUGUGUUCACUAAUCAGUUAAUAGUACAAGCAAUUAAAAGCCUUAAACCUUCCACUAGUACGGGACCGGAUGGCCUCGCUUCGAUAAUUUUCAAAAACAGUGGGUGUGAUAUACCCUUGUUACUUCUUAAAUUCUUCUCAAUAUCUAUGGACACUGGCACUUACCCUAGUGAGUGGAAAACUAGCUUCAUAAUUCCACAUUACAAAUCUGGUGAUAGGGCAAACGUCCGCAAUUACAGACCCAUAAAUAUAACCCCAGUUAUCUCACGAAUCAUGGAGAAAGUUGUAAAAGAUCAAUUGUCAGACUACCUAAUUAGGGAAGAUCUUGUUACAAGGUCUCAACACGGAUUUCUCAAAAAUAGAUCCUGCGUUACUUGCCACUUCGACUUUUUCAACUGCAUCACUAGUAGUCGCGAAGCACGUAAGCUAGUCGUUGUUCUCUACUUCGAUAUAUCUAGGGCAUUUGACAUGGUAUCUCACAGUAUUCUCUUUGAGAAGCUGUACUCUUGUGGAAUUCGCAACCCAU